GCGUCCAUAGUAGCUUGUGUAGUCCCUCCCUUUCCUGCAGCAGUGAAAUAGGGGGAAACCCUGAAAAACAGAGCAGGAGAAACGGAGCGCAUUUGCUUAAAAAUCCCUGCUAACGUUUGCUGCGAAACCAUGGGCUAGCGGGCUGGAAAUAAUGCUACAGCAACGGGACAGGCAGAACGGACACAUGGGAUUCAGAAUUACUAUCCAGUUCCCAUUUGCAGCUAUUUUAUUUUCCUGGACGCCACAAAAGAGGCUGAACCAAGCUGAAGCAAAUAGGGAUGAGCGCUGAUGUUCGCCGAUGAAUGAAGGAAAGUACGUAACAGUGGAAUAAACUGCGAGGGAGAAAGCGAAGAAACGUCGGAUUCGGCUGUUCUGCUGAUCGAUACUUUUUUUUUUUAUUCAUCUGGACCUUUUCUAUGGGAAGCAGAUGUUCCCAUGUGAUACAUUGGAGGGGGGGGGGUUUCCGACCAGUUUUUGGAUGCUGAGCGAUAAUAAUGCAAGCAGAAACCACGCGUUAUGGAUUUAAAAUGAAGAUACAUUCCGACGUCUACAGUAAAGGAUAAAUGGUAUUAUUGUUGUUGAAUAUACCGGGACAAAAUUAAUGAGGAAAAUUUUAAUGAUCCAGGAAAGACAAAGUAAAACCCGGAUGAAUAUAUAUCUACUGUAAUCCUGGAUCCUUUGAGAAGGAGAUGUCUGUUUAUGUACUUUACGAGACUGACAAGUUAACAUUUUUAGUUGUAGCUGAAAUAAUAAAUCGAGUAAAUUAAUUGACUGCUGUUAGAUCGCUUACAUUCGAGAAAAUACCGUUCUUCUGCUAACAAUGGUAGAACCUGUAGGUUUUGUUGAGGCUUGGAAAGCUCAGUUCCCAGAAUCAGACCCCCCCAUGAUGGAGUUAAAUACGGUGGGGGACAUUGAACAGGAACUGGAAAGAUGCAAAGCUUCUAUCCGGCGCCUGGAAAUGGAGGUGAACAAGGAGCGCUUCCGCAUGAUCUACCUGCAGACAUUGCUGGCCAAAGAGAGGAAGAGCUAUGAUGGAAAGAGAUGGGGGUUCAGGAGGACAUCCCAGAAUAAUGAGGACGACCAGCCCUCUGGGAACGAUGGUCAUCUACGAGAGCUGGUAGAGGUGGACAGAAGUAGUGUUCCGGUUCUAGGGGAAGAGAAGUCCAGACCUAAGCCUCCUCUUGCUAAGAAGCCAUCUUCCCAUGCUGAAGAUUAUACACCCUCGUUGGCUGAAGAGACACCUCAGGGUGAGACUGAAGAGAUGAACAGGUGUAAGUAUUAUGGAGAAGGUGAUUCUGUUGGGCCCUCGCCAUCCCGACAGAGGGGAGGAGCUUCUGGGCGAAAACCCGGAGCAGCCAUGGCACCUACUGAGAAGGAGGAGCAUGGAGACGCCUCCCUACAAGAGAGGUCUGGUUUGGGCCUGGGGGUUGCUGCCUUGCGCUCCAACUUUGAGAGGCUUAAACGGGCCAACUCACACUCAUCGGCAGAAGCCAGGGGUCUCUCUGAGAAACCAUUUUACGUCAACAUGGAGUAUCAUCAUGAAAAGGGGCUCGUGAGGGUCAAUGACAAGGAGGUGUCAGACAAGAUCAGCACCCUGGGCAGUCAGGCCAUGCAGAUGGAGCGCAAGAGAUCCCUGCACUCUCUAGCGGGCUUGGGCGAGCUCCAGCGGGCCGGUACCAAGGGACGCCCUGCCGAAACCAGCUGUGGCUAUGACGCCGAAUACGAAGACGUCGAACUGAACCCGCAGUUCCUCAGGAAUAACAUGGUACGGACAAAUGGCAGCAAGACGGACCGCCAGAAGCGGGCACCGCCACGCAGGCAGACGUCGGACUUCCAGCCGUACACCAGCGUCUAUGUGGGUGGGAUGAUGGGCGACCGUGGUGGGGAUAGCGGGCACCUCACCUGGCCGCGGAGGUCCUACUCACCUGGGAGCUUCGACGACGUCGGUGGCGGCUACACGCCAGACUGCAGCUCCAACGAGAACCUGACGUCCAGCGAAGAGGACUUCUCCUCCGGCCAAUCGAGUCACGUGUCGCCGAGCCCCACCACCUACCGCGUGUUCCGAGAGAAGAGCCGCUCACCUUCCCAGCAUUCCCAGCAGUCCUUUGAUAGCAGCAGCCCCCCCACCCCACAGUCCCAGAAGCGACACAAACAGCAGGUGGUGGUAUCAGAGGCCACCAUCGUGGGAGUCAGGAAAACCGGGCAGAUCUGGCCCAAUGAUGGUGACUCGACUCCUUCCAGCCGGGCAUCACAUGACAACAGCUUUCAAGGAGACAUAGACACCUCUUUCAGUGGGACUCCGCCUACCUACGGGUACGAUGCAGACCGGGCGGAAGAGCAGCGCCGACACCAUGAUGGGAUGCCCUACAUCGACGACUCGCCUGCUUCCUCUCCCCGCCUCAGCUCCAAGAGCCGCAGUAGCCGGGACACGCUUUCCUCAGGCUCCCUCGAGUCUUCCAAAUCGACUGAACUGGACAUGGAGAAGGGCCUGGAGAUGCGCAAGUGGGUUCUGUCUGGCAUCCUGGCCAGCGAGGAGACGUACCUCAGCCACCUGGAGGCGCUGCUGCUGCCGAUGAAGCCCCUGAAGGCAGCCGCCACCACCUCCCAGCCCGUUCUCACCGUCUCGCAGAUCGAGACCAUCUUCUUCAAAGUGCCUGAGCUCUAUGAGAUCCACAGGGAAUUCUACGAUGGCCUGCUGCCCCGGGUUCAGCAGUGGAGUCACCAUCAGUGCGUGGGCGACCUCUUCCAGAAGCUGGCCAGCCAGCUCGGACUCUACCGUGCCUUUGUGGACAACUACGAGGUUGCCGUGGAGACGGCCGAGAAGUGCUGCCAGGCGAACACACAGUUCGCUGAAAUCUCAGAGAACCUCAAGAUCCGGAGUGGCAAGGAUUGCAAAGACCAGAUGGUGAAAAACUCACUGGAGGCUCUCCUGUACAAACCAGUGGACAGAGUGACUCGGAGUACCCUAGUGCUUCAUGACCUUCUAAAGCACACGCCCUCCAGCCACCCAGACCACCCGCUGCUUCAGGAUGCCCUGCGCAUCUCCCAGAACUUCCUGUCUAGCAUCAAUGAGGAGAUCACGCCCCGGCGCCAGUCCAUGACCGUCAAGAAGGGCGAGAACCGGCAGCUGCUGAAGGACAGCUUCAUGGUGGAGCUGGUGGAAGGAGCCCGUAAGCUGCGCCACAUGUUCCUCUUCACUGACCUGCUGCUGUGCGCGAAGCUGAAAAAGCAGACCGGAGGAAAGGGCCAGCAGUACGACUGUAAGUGGUACAUCCCGCUGUCCGACCUCACCUUCCAGACCGUGGAGGAGUCCGAGUCUUCGCCCAUCCCGCAGGUCCCAGAUGAGGAGAUCGAGGCCAUGAAGAUUAAGAUUUCACAGAUCAAAAACGAGAUCCAGAGGGAGAAGAAAGCCAACAAAGGUGGAAAGGUGGUGGAUCGGCUGAGGAAGAAGCUUUGUGAGCAAGAGUCUCUGCUGCUGCUUAUGUCGCCCUGCAUGGCCUUCAGGGUGCACAACCGCAACGGCAAGGGUUACAUGUUUCUGACCUCCUCGGACUACGAGAGGGCCGAGUGGAGAGAACUGAUCCGAGAGCAGCAGAAGAAGAGCGUUAAGAGCUUCUCGCUGACCUCAGUGGAGCUUCAGAUGCUGACCAACUCGUGCGUGAAGCUGCAGACGGUGCACAGCAUACCCCUGACCGUCAAUAAAGAAGAUGACGAGCCUUCAGGUCUGUGCGGCUUCCUGAAUGUCAUCGUCCACUCUGCCUCGGGGCUCAAACAGAGCCUGAAUCUUUACUGCACCUUGGAAGUGGACUCCUUCGGCUACUUCGUGAACAAGGCUAAGACGCGGGUGUACCGGGACGCAACAGAGCCCAGCUGGAACGAGGAGUUCGAGAUCGAGCUGGAGGGCUCCCAGACCAUGAGGCUCCUCUGCUAUGAGAAGUGUUACAACAAGAUGACCCGAGUGAACAAGGAGGACGGGGAGAACACGGACAGAAUUAUAGCUAAAGGCCAGAUCCAGCUGGACCCUCAGACGCUGCAGGGAAAAGACUGGCAGAGGUCGGUCAUCGCCACAAACGGGAUUGAGGUGAAGCUGUCCAUGAAGUUCACGAGCCGGGAGUUUAGCCUGAAGAGGAUGCCGUCGCGAAAACAGACUGGGGUCUUCGGGGUGAAAAUCGGCGUGGUCACCAAGCGGGAGCACUCCAAGGUGCCCUACAUCGUGAGGCAGUGCGUGGAGGAGGUGGAGCGGCGGGGCAUGGAAGAAGUGGGCAUCUACCGCGUAUCAGGCGUGGCCACCGACGUCCAGGCCCUGAAGGUGGCCUUUGAUUCCAACAACAAAGACGUGUCCGUGAUGAUGAGUGAGAUGGACGUAAACGCCAUCGCCGGCACGCUGAAGCUCUAUUUCCGGGAGCUUCCAGAGCCCCUCUUCACCGACGAUCUGUACCCCAACUUUGCCGGAGGCAUUGCCCUGUCAGACAGUGUAGCCAAAGAGAGCUGCAUGCUCAACUUGCUGCUUUCGUUGCCUGAACCCAACCUGGUCACCUUCCUGUUCCUGCUCGACCACCUGAAAAGGGUGGCCGAGAAUGAAAUCGCCAACAAGAUGUCGCUCCACAACCUGGCCACGGUUUUUGGUCCUACCCUGCUCCGCCCGUCUGAGAAGGACAGCAAGAUCCCCACCAAUCCCACGCUCCCCAUCUCCAUGGGCGACAGCUGGUCACUCGAGGUCCUGUCACAGGUCCAGGUCUUGCUGUACUUCCUGCAGCUGGACACCAUCCCCACACCAGAUAGCAAGCGACAGAGCAUCCUCUUCUCCACAGAGGUGUAGUGGGAGCAGGAGAAGCAGAGCCGUAUGUGCAAGAGGCCAGACUGGGAGCUCCCUGGUUCACAGGGGCUGCUGUCCAUCGGCACUGAAAGCAGUGCACUGUCGUGUCAGCUGCUCGGUCACUGGCCCUUGCAUAAAGCGACCAUCAGAGGGCACCAUAACGGCACCAAACUGACACGAGAGCCUCCUGAAAACACAUUCCUUGUGCUGUUGUCUUCUGAACAUUCUCAGUUGACUGUGUUUCGUUAGGCUGAGACUUUUUGGUGUUUUCUUUUGUCUCACUCUCAUUUUAAAAAGUCUGUAACUGGUGUGCAAUCUUUUUAGUCAAUCGGUAUGUGUGCUUGAAGUAUUAUAGUUGAAAUCCGUGAAAGCUGGUGAGGGAGGCAGGAAGACCUUGUUUGUUGUUGAAGGCCGGGUGCCUUUGCUAUGGUUCCCUAUCUCACGAUGUUACACGUUACUCUCUUCUUCAGACAGGUCACCUGCCUUUCUUUAGCAUUCAGGGUUUGCAUAAACUGCGGAGAUCACCAGGACAGGCACAGGCCUGAAACUGCUUCAUAUUCUCUGCAGCUUGUUUUUCGGGGCUUACUGAGAGCCUGUAACGCCACACUGCUUUGACUAACUUGUGACAAUCGAGUGUGCCAUAGGAGUAUCUAGGAAAACCUUGGUUGUCGUGAGGAGGAAUCCUCUGAGAAUUAAAAGUAGUGUUACUACUGAGGGAAUGCAGUUAGCCGUACUGACAUUUUAACAUCUGCAUUUGUAGAUAAGUAUUUUUACGAGGCCAGGAAAAAAAAAAACAGAGCAUGUGAAGACAUCUCAUUGGUGACAGAUGUUUUGCUAAGAUUGACGUGAGUCAGGAGCUUGGAAUUUGCAUCAGUGUUGUGCCUGGGUCUAAUCAGUGUCUGCAGGGCAGGAGCUGCUCAUGAGGAAGCGUCUUACCUGCGUGCUUCUUCCCAGGCCGAUAGCUGCUCUGGGGCACAAGGGUAAGACCUGGAAUGUCUGCAUUAUGGGUUAGACCACCUUCUUGAAUUAUGUCAUCGUACUUACAUUGUCUCCGUGGUGAAGUAUGCCAGACAUGAGCUGAUUCAGGUGUCGUCCGUCAGACUGUCAUUGGCUGAUGUUCCGUAUGUGUGCGUAGCCGCUGCCUGUGCUCUCAUGAUAACUUAUUCCAGGCUACCAGCAUCUCUGUUUUACGUAAGUUUAACACGCUAAUCCAGUGUGUCGCUACUGUACAUCUCAUAGGAAGUAUAACGUGAAAACAUUCUGUAAUACGGGCAACUUGAAAGGUGAGCUUUGACUUUGUAUGUAUUUUUUUUUUCUUUCAUUGAGAGCAUUAUCGUAUGUUUUUCCAAUUUGCCGCAAAUGGUGUACUUUGUAAUCGCUUCACAUAACUUAAAAAAAAAAAAAAUACCCAAGCUGUCAAAGAUUGCUUUAUGAAUAGGUUGUUAACUCUUACCAUUUUUAGCUCAGUGGAAAUGCAUCCAUUUAAUCUGAAGCUCCUUGGGGAGUGCUGCAGGCUGCCCCCUACUGGUCAAGGUGAUCUCUACAUCAGCACAUUGCCUCUCCUGUCCUUUCUUUUCAAUGGGGGCGGAGCUUCGGAAAGAGCAGCCCACUGUUAACUGGUAGAUGCAGAGAUGCACGGCAGGCAGGGUGUGUUGCAGUUCAAUGGACUAUAGAUGGUAUCCCGCUGCACUCGGCAUAAGUAGCGAGUCAUGUGGAUUGCCAUAUAGUUGCGAUCCAACCCACCUACAUACCAGUUAGCUGAUCGUAAUAAGUGCAGGUUUAUUUAUUUGUAUCACUUACAUUUUAGAGUGUUGUUUUGGUAUGGCUUUCACCAGUAGUGUCAUUCCACCCAACCUCUAAGCCGCCCAACCCAAGCUGGGAUUUCACUGCUCCUGGGCAUAGUUGGGAUGGGUGGGAAUAUUCUCAGCAUUCUGUUAGCGGUUAGUAAUCGGUGCUGUCAGCACUGGCUGGUAACAUGCCCACUGUAAACAAGUCAUCAGAGGGAGGUUCUAUGUUAUGUCUAAAAUCUAAGCGUAACAGUUUACUAAUUGCCAGUGGUGCAUUUUGCUGGUUUUGUUUGCCUUCCCCAAUAUUAUUUUUCGUAUUUCGCUUGUGUCUUAAUGAUCUUGGUUUGAAUUUUUUCUUUUUUUUUUGAUAACAAAUAUAUCAGAGGAUAGUGAUAUGUGUUAUUUCUUUAAUUUUUUUAAAACCUCUAACAUGCAGGCAUGUUGAUUUCAAUGUGAUGAUUUUUAGAAGUAUUUCUCUCAAGGCUAAUGUUUGUUUUUUAUUUACAGAAGCUAAGCUAAGCCAUUUCACCCAAAACGUUUUUUUGGGGAGAUCAUAUACAAAUGUCGACAAUGUUUUUUAAAAGCGAGAAGGAAAAACUGGCAAACAUUCCUGUUGUCUGAGUUUGUGCAUCCUUUUUUGGACAAUGAGAAGUAGCCUUUAAGGGAGAAGGCUCCUCCUCCUGGGGAAGCUUCAAUGUUUAUAGGCUGGCAGAAUCUUGGGACUCGUCUGAUUGGUUGGUUGUCUGGGAACCAGAAGCUCUUGGUGCCAGUUGUAGAUGAGUCCCAUGCUCAGACCCGCCGUGACUUGCAGGGUCACGCCAUGGACCACCGACAAUGGGGAUGAAGAGAAAUGUAUGAAGAGUGAUAACGGAAAGGGUGAGGGGGGUGCAUCUCUGGUGGUGGUGGGGUGUGGAAAUGCAUUAACAACAAACUGAUGUUACCUUCAAACAGGAGCCGGGUUUUGAUGAAAGUCGCCCCUUUGAACCCACUAUAGAUUCAAACAUUCAGAACUUUAAAAAUGGUUUUGUUUCCCACUUCAGUUACUCUGCCUUAUGCUGGGCAGCUGCCCUCCAUGUCUAAGCAGCCAGCAGCUCUUCCCUGGCAGUUUCCCCCAGACCUGCUGUGCCAUACGAGCACAUCAAAAAGCCGAUCCAGACACGGGGUUCAGGGCGUAAUGGUGCCAAGCUUAGGCGUAUCCCAUAGAGGCCCAUCUUUUUAAACCUUUAAUCGGAGCUCACCGAGUAUGAAACUCCACCCUCCUGUCUGGGACGAUAGCCUUUAAUCAGUUUGGGUUUUACCACAGGGGCCGAUAAGCCAGGUUGGUCAGGACGUUAAGGGUUGAGGCUUCCCAAAAACAGCACUGUGUGGACCUGUGGGUGACUCUCUCUCAUUGUGUUUCGCUGGUUCUAUCAGAAAUUGGGUCUGAAGCCCGUUUGAGGCCCAUUAAUAUCAUUUGGGUGUUCUUCCCUAUUUAUUUAUAUGAUUCCAGAUAUCCACUGUGAUCACUGUGUCUUAUGGAGAAUGAAGUCUUUAAGGUCUUGAGUGUUCCUGCCGAAUGUAAGCAGGGCCACGUCAGUAGUAUGUAAGAACCCACUGAUUCAGAAGCAGUCGGGGGAAGCAACAAGGUUUAUAUGUAUAUAACAAAGCUUCUGACUCCUUUCUCCCUGCCUUUUUCUUACUUAUUCCAAAAAUGUGCAGAGAUCUAGGUAAUGGGUUUAUUUAUUGAGAUGUCAAUCAAGAUUUAACUAUAUAAUUAGUAAUUAUAGUAGUAGUAUUAGACUGUUUAGAAAGGCUACUUCUAACUGAUUUUCCACAUAAUUAAAAUCUUUUUUUAUUGUAAUUAGUCACUGACAUAAUCCCCUCAGACCUGAAGACGUGUAAAUUGAGAAAGUUCUAAUGUAAGAUUUCAUACUUUCUGAAAAUGCUCUGCCAUCACGAAAGACAUGACAGCUUAGGGAACAACAUGUAGUUGAUACAAUGUUUUUAUUUAUUUUUUUUCUAAUUCCUGUUUACUGAUCAUGUUGCUGCAAAAAGGAAAGAUGUUCCGGAACUGUUCACAGCUUCUGUUUGUACACGGAAAUCUAAAUAAAACCUCCCAUACGUA